UUUAGGGGGUAAGAUAUACAACGCAAGCAACACCUUCAUUUGGAGUUCCUACCGGUUAGGGUUUUGAGGGUCGGAGUUUGAGAAACUGUUGAGCAGCCAGUUAGGGUUUUGAACAAGAUGAAGUCAGUGGUCGGAAUGGUAGUAUCGAACAAAAUGCAGAAAUCGGUGGUGGUGGCCGUCGAUAGGCUCUUCCAUAACAAGCUCUACAAUCGAUACGUCAAACGCACAUCCAAAUUCAUGGCACACGACGAAACUAAUCAGUGCAAUAUCGGCGAUCGGGUUAAAUUAGAUCCAUCCAGACCAUUGAGCAAGCGGAAGAACUGGGUGGUUGCUGAGAUUCUGAAGAAAGCACGCAUUUAUACGCCACCAUCUCCUACCGUUUCAGGCAGCAAGACCCCAGUAGCAGAUUCAUCUUCAUCUUAAGGUUUGAAUAUGGAAAACCUAUGUGUUCUUCGUUUUACUGCAUGCUCGACCAUGAUGGCGAGAUUAAUAGAUAUAGUUGUAUUUCUCUUGAUUGUAGUUGUCAAGAUAUGUUUUUUUUUUGUUUCUGGAUCUUUUUUCUAAAACAUAAUUUUGAUUCAAACCUAUUUUGUCUCAAGUUUUUGGGUUUUUUUAACUGUUUUUAUAAGUGCACAUUUUGAAGGAAAAAAAUACAGCUACUUCAAGUGCAUGUUCUCUGGUGUAAGUUGUAAUAAUUCAGGUCUGUUUGUGGUGCAUUCAGGAUGAAUAUUUAUUUUUUUAGGUAUUUACGCUUACGAAUUUGGUUA